AACAGAGAGAGAACAAAUAAGAGUACAAAAAGGUAGAACUUUCUUCCUCCUCUCAUCUCUUGCAGUCCAAGUUGCAAGGGGUUGAAAUUUCUGGAGUUUUCCUGAAGGGAGAGACACCAUGAGCACUGGCACCAACAAUCUUACAUGGAGCUCUGGGAAUUGGCGAGGAGGAGCUGGUUAUGGUGCACAUACCCAGAAUAGUGAUUCGAACCGGAUGAACUCACCGGUAUCCCAAACCCCCACCUUCCGACCCGCUGAUGCAGGUGGUCGGACAACAGAUACGUCGUGGCAGUUUUUCGAGGAAAGAGUGAGAACUGGACCCAAUGGCUUGACAGGGUUCCCAGGUCAGCCUCUUCCUCCAAUACGAAUCUUCAUCCUGGAUGGUGAAACAGCACCAGGUGUUAACCCUCAACUCAGGCAGUUUGUCCGAGAACCUCCCCCAACUUCCCCAACAAUAAGAGGCCAACAGCAUAUCCCCCCACAGGAAGAGUCUAGGCGGAUUGAAGAACAGCUAAGGAAGGCCCAAUUGAAGAAGCAUAAAUACAACCCUGCCAAGUCUAAAUCAAAGAGAUGGUGCUUAUACUACAGAGAAAAUGCCAAUAAUAGCUCCUAUUCGGCAAAAGGGAGAGAUGAUGAUGACAAGGCUUGUUCAGUUUGCUUAGAAGAUUUUGCUCCCGGUGAAGAGUUGCUAAUCACUCCAUGCAAGCAUAUGUUCCAUGAGGAGUGCAUCCUCCCUUGGGUGAACAGCAAUGGUCAGUGUCCGGUAUGUCGGUUCUCUCUUUGUGACACAGGCGGCAGAGCUUUGUCCCAAAACAACCACCCUGGCAUUCCUGUAAAUGAUCGCAUGCCGGGAGAUUUUAUCGCACUUGUAAGGGCCAUGGAAGAGGCCUUCGACCUGAUGACUGUGCCUCGCUAAUACAUAAUGAAAUCAAAGGACAUCGUCCAUAGUCAGAA